AUGAGCGUCAAAAUGAUUUAAAAACAACCUGUGAUCAGCCCAAAUAAAAAAUAAACAAAUUAAUUGUCUUAGAUUGAUAUUUCAGACGAAAAGAAUAUGACACUUGAGAAUUUGAUAUUAAAACAUAACAAAUUAAUAUAUGAAACCAUAGGCAAAAAGCCUAAAAAUGCCCUAGAUUUUGAGUGGACUACAAUUUAAACUCAUUAGGGUGCUAUGAAAUAUACGAUUGAUAUGUAGGACAAAAAAAAAUUCGACUAUAACCCUGAGACUCACGAAAUCAUAUGGUAUAAAAACUUGAAUAUUCCUACUAUACGCGUGAGCAAAAAGACAGAACAAAUAUAGUAGAAUGGUUAAGAGCUCAAAAGAGUAUCUACCAAAAUAAUGGCUGUGAGAGGAGUCAGGGAGAGAGUUAUUUAGCAAAUAGGCCUUUCUGGUUUAUUAGAAAAGCAAUUUGAUAAAGAUUCCUGCAUAUUUAAUCACCUGCGUUUUAAAGAAACUUAUUUCUAAUAUAAAAGAAGCUAUUUCUCUUUGAUAAUAGUCAUAUAGGAAUAGUAUGAAGAUUCUAAUGUUAUCUCAGAGAUUAAAAUAUCUACCCCAAUAAGAGUCGAGGCACGUAAAAAAAGUUACUAAGACAGACUAAAUACUUCUUCACUAUUAGAUCCGUUUCUACCUGAUUUUAUUGAAAAGUAAUAUUUAGUCUUCAAGUAAGGAUCGAAGGAUUUAAUGCCAAUAAGUGAAAACUUAGAAGGGCUCUUAGAUUAUCUGAAAGCAUAAAAUAUUAGACACAAAGUAUUCCACCCUUUUUUCUUCUUGAUUAAGUUUUUCUAAGCAACUUAACUUUAUUAUAACUCGAAUAUCAUAGAAUGCGAAAAAGACAUCAAGCCACAAGAGCUCUUUUUAAUGCUCUAAAAAGAAAUAUACAAAUACCAAAUAAAAGAAUUUUCUGGAGAAUCUAUUCCUUUUGAAAAUAAACUACUCAUCUUAUGCUUGAAUAAUCAAGGAAAAGACUCUCACAUUAAUAAAGUUUGUGAAAAAAUUACAAAAUUUCUCAAAUUUUUAGAGAACUCCGCUUUGUAUUACUCACAAGCAACUGUUGAUGGUUUACCUGUUUACUUCAAGCAAAUAACCUUUUCAAAAGAUGACUUGAAAUAAGGUUACAUCAAGGCAUAUAAUAAACUUAGUUCUAUGAAAUUUGAAAUGGUUAUCAGCAAACAAAACAAUAUCUAAUCGCAUAUAUCUAUUUAAAAGAAAGGAUAAAUACCCAGAGAUUUAAAGAUGGAUAAAGAAUCUAUAGACUAUUUAAGCAAUAUUCCAGGUCCUUUCCAUAAAGCUAUUUUUGACUUGACUAUAAGAAAUAAACAGCUCUAUUAAAAUGCUCAAAGAAUAAAAGUCAGAUUUGAAGAUUUUAACUUAUUUUCAUAUGAAAUUCAUGAAGAUUCACAAAACGAAGUUUUUGGCGGUCCCUCUUUAAUUAAUGAACUUCCUGCCAAAAUAUCAAGAGACAAUUAAGAAAUUCAAAAAAUUUUAGAGAAAAAAAAACCCAAACACGUGCCCGGUAGUAUAUCCGGAACGACUAAGCCUUCUUCAAGCGACUCAAAUAAUGGUAAAGGUAAUUCUUAAUCUGGAGGUUGUGAAAUAGAAAACAGUGAUUCUAAUAAUAACUAUAGUUACAGUAACUCAUCUCUAAACGAUAGUUAAUACAAACAGCAGAAUCAAGAUGAGUAGAUCUUCGAAGUAAUUCAAGAUAAAAAUUCACAAUUAUCCAAGGAAUACAGAGAGGGUGAAGAAUAUUCUAGCUCUAAAGAGCAAAAUGCUUCAUGUAAAAGCAGCAAUACUAACAGCAAGAAAUAUAAAAACCACAAACUCCUCUUAAAAAAUGGAAAAAUGCAACAAAGGUUCAAAAAAAUGUGUACUGAAAGCUCUAAGCAAUCUUUUCUAGAUUUUUAGAAGGAAAACAAAUUUAAAUCCGAUUAAUUUUGUUUAACUAGAAAAGAAGAAGAGGAUAAUGGAGAUCUAGAUGAAGAGGAUAAUGACGAUGAGUAUUAAAUGUAACGAGAGGUAGAUAAAUAAGUAGAAAAAAAUAAUAAUAACAAUUUAAAUUUAAUCUGA